AUCACUUGCUUAUCAUUCUCUCUUCAUUUCAAGUAACAUUUCUGUUCUUAUUUCAGUUCAUUCCUUACGGAUUUAGUAUCUUGCUCGUAUGAUAAGUAUAUGAUUCUUUUCGCACUGAUUUCAGAGAAUCUAGAUUUACGUGACCGAAAAUGUCACUAUUUCCAUCAUAUCCAAUUCCCUACGAUGCUCCUUUUGAGCGUGGGGUUGCUCUAGUUACGGGCGCGGCAGGUACAGGAAUUGGAGCAGCAGUAGCAAGAGCAUUCCUUGAAGCUGGCUGCCAACGCCUCGUCAUCACCGACAUCAACCGUGAGACUCUCGCAAAGACGCAAGACUCCCUAGAGGAGCGAUAUCGUCGACCAGGUCUUACGAUUCUGGCUAUUGACGGAGAUAUCUCGUCUAAAGCCUUCGCCGAAGAGCUGGUGGAAAAGGCGAUUGAGCAAUUCGGAAGACUGGAUUACUGCGUCAAUAGUGCGGGAAUCAUGGGUAAUAACAAGUCUUCAACCGAAACUUCCAUUGACGCCUUCGAUAAGAUCAACGGCGUCAACUACCGUGGCUGCUGGCUCUCAUCACGUGCUGAGCUCAAGGCGAUGCUGAAACAGGAGCCACUUACUAGCCAUGAUCCCGCGAGACCAGCCCAAAGAGGCAGCAUUGUCAACAUAGCGAGCCAGUUAGGUAUCGUAGGACGUCCGGAAUGUGCGGCCUAUUCUGCUAGCAAGGCAGCCGUCAUCGCGCUUACAAGAGCGGACGCAAUCGAUUAUUCCAAAGAUGGCAUCCGGAUCAACUGUAUUUGCCCCGGUAUCAUCGACACGCCCAUGACUACGUUCACCGAAGAACGCCGAGAGCUACUGAAGCCGUCGAUUGACAUCGCACCUAUGAAACGGAUGGGACUACCCCAAGAAAUCGCAGACUGUGCAAUAUUUCUUUGCAGCACAAAAGCGAGCUUUGUUCAAGGCGCGGCGAUGGUUGUGGAUGGUGGUUAUGUGAUCAACUGAGGUGGACUCCCGCAUUUGCGACAGCGCUUUUUGGUUCAGCCUUUCGAUAAAUUACAUCUGCAAGGCUAGUAUUAUUCUAUUGAAGAUACCAAACUACAAACUUCUCUUCCAACCGCCU